GGCACCGGAACGAAGAUGGUAGUGAGUGGGUUGCUGAGGAGAUCUCUGUUAGUUGCCGUUGGAUUUUGCUGCAGGAGGGUGCAAUGUUGGCCCACUUCUUUGCAGAGCCAACCUCUGUUAUUAGCUAAUGUAUCUCGCCUUGUGGCAUGCCAACAAUUAUUAAACACUCGAUUAAAUAGAAGGUGCUUCUCAGCUGGUCAAGAAACUGAAUCAAAGUCUGGUACAUCCCAGGAUACAGUGACACUCAGUGAUAGCUGUGUUAAGCAACUACAGAAAAUUUUGGAGAAGGAUGAGUUCCUGAGGGUACAAGUGGAAGGAGGUGGCUGCUCGGGAUUCCAGUACAAAUUCGUACUAGAUAAUACAAUAAACUCAGAUGACAGGGUCUUUGAACAGGAUGGCGUUUGUGUUGUCAUUGAUUCUGAUAGUCUGGAGUACUUGAAGGGAGGCACAGUGGACUACAGCAAAGAACUCAUCCGUAGUUCAUUCCAGAUAUUGCACAAUCCGCAAGCAGAACAUGGAUGUUCCUGUGGGAGCUCUUUCUCCAUUAAAUUGUGAAGUGAAGAAGCUUAUCCUUUCCACCAUGUUGAAAAGAUGCUCACAAAAACAAGCUUGGCUAAAGAAAAAUGCAGAGCCAAGCUUAAAACAAAACAAUGUCCGAUAUUACAGCCUUGCUGAAGAUUACAAAGAAAAUAAAUAGGUACAGAACAUUGGAGUUACAUUAUUUAUACUUGGCAAUGCAAUACAGUGAGAUGUUUUGAAACACUAUGUGCUACUAAUAAUAAAGGUUGCACAGUAUCUUUUAUGAAGGCCUUGUACUUUUUCAGAUUGAAAUAAUAAGGGCAGACAAAGCAUUAAGUAAUUGGAUCCACAGCCCAAGAAAUUGGAAAACUAGGUUCAGUGUAUCUGACCUGAAGAAAUGUACGGCACUGUGUCUGUUGGGUUUGCAGCUUUUGGUAGAAGUGGCUGUGUAAUAGACUCUUACCUGAACUAUGUAUCAGUGACCUUUACUAGUUAUCAUUGAGAUCCCAGUAAAAUACAAAGCAACAGCUAAGAUUUAACUUUUUAAUUUGGUUUGGUUAAUCUUGUUUCCAGAGUUCUGUUUCUAACAUUGAAUAUGUUGAAGAGCCACAAAUUUUAAUAAUUUUCGGACAUUUUAUUCAUCAGACAAAGUUUCAUGAAUCUUGAAGUGUUGCCCAUUUAAAAUUCUACACUAAUUAAAACCAUAAAUUACAGCAGAGGCCAUUCAGCCCAUUUUCCCUGUAGUAGACCUGUCCCAUUAUUCCAAUUCCCUGCCCUUCACUCAAAGUAGUACAGAAUUUACAUAAUUUAUUUAUUUGAUUGCUAUUUGGAAGCACUAUUGAAUCUGUUUGCAAUCCUUUUCCACUUCUUUCCCUCACCAUCUACCAACAGUUUUUAGUCAAUUACCUUAAAUUUGUGCCUGCAAGGGAACUUUCCUGCUAGAAUAAGUUCAACCUAUAUUUCUUUUAGAAUCCCUUUAUAUUGUCUGCCUUUAUGAACUCUUCAAAACCUUCUCUGCUUAAUGAAGAUCAAUGUUAGCUUCUCUGGUUGCCACUUGUGUUCUAAAAUUGAUUAAAACCUUAAUGUGGCCAGUUGCUUCCUAUUACAAGAUGGUAACUCCAAUAUAAUCAUGAGCUUCCAUAACAGCUGAGUUAAGACUGGUUUUCACCAAAUCCUGAACUACUAGAGAUCCUUUUUCCAAGUGUUCCUUUUUUUCCUGAGUUGGUACUAGAACAUAGGCCACCGGUGUCAGCUUGCCAAAGUCCUCUGUCCUGGGACAGUCUUUAAUGGUGUCUCCAGGUGUAGUCCAUCUUCUUGGCGUAUCCUUCCUCUCCUCAGGAUGAGGUCUUUGGAGCCUUUGUUGGUGUUUCUAUAACUCUGGGUUUUUAAGGGAUGUGUUGCUAGCUGUGUGUCAAACCCACCUCUUUUUGUAGCCGGGCUGAGGACUGUCCAUGGCAGAGCUUCCCUUGAGUUGAUCUCGCUAAAAAAUAAUAAUGUAAUUACCAUGAAGAAUACAUUCAUUGUUGCUUUUUAAAUUUAAAAGAAAUGGAAUAAGGGGGUUGUUGGGAUGGAGGGGUGUGGAAAUCUUGAACAAACUUUUCCUACCAUUAGUUUGCAUGAUGCUGGGCAGCUCUGUGAAGACGAGUAUGAAGCAAAAUUAUGAAACCCUACUUCCAGUAUUAUGCAUAAAGGAAGCACUGUCAAAGUGAACCCUUAUUUUAUCUGUACUGGCGACUCCUCAUUUCAGAUCUGCUUGUGGAGUGUUCUGUACUCUGGUCACUCCUGAGUUCAGGCCAACAUGUCCUAGUACAGAGUUGACUUGUAUUAAAUUUAGUUAAUAUAAGAAAAUACAAAUGGUCUCUCAGAUAAGAAGGGAGAGAUCAUUUAUAUUGAAGGUCCCUGAAUGGUGUAAAAUAUUUUUUCCUCCUAACUUCUGCUUUCCAUAUUCCUUUCUUCAUCAUUGUGUCUUUAAAAAGAACAUUUGUUAUGAAUUUUAAAUGUUUUUUUCUCUCUGAUACCACUUUUGUCCUUGGCGUUUGCUAAGCAUUUGCCAACUGAGGUGGAACUCUGCAGCCCGCUCAGUUUUAUGCUCUAAACAUUGCCCUCUAGUGGCACAUAGAAUAAUAGAUAUUUGAGACCAUAAGACUCCAACGCAGAAUUAAUGUCAUUUGGCUCAUUGAGUCAGUUCCACCAUUCAAUCAUGGCUGAUUUACUUUCCCUCUCAACCAUAAUCUCCUGUCUUCUUCUCCCCAUAACAUUUGACACCCUUACCACGCAAGAACUUAUCAAUCUGCACUUUAAAUAUACCAAAAACUCAGUCUGUGGCAAUGAAUUCCACAGAGUCACCACUAUCUGGCUGAAGAAGUUUCUCAUCUGCUCUAAAGGGUCUGUGCCCUCCGAUCCUAGACUCUCCCAUUAUUGUAAACAUCCUCUCCAUCUCCACUCUGUCUAGGCCUUUCAAUACUCAGACGUUUCAGUGAGAUCCCCACCCCACUGCCCCCCAUUCUUCUGUAUUUUAGAGAGUACAGGCCCAAAGCCAUUAAACACUUCCUUUCAUUUUCAGAUCAUUUUUGCGAUACUCCUCUGGACCCUCUCCAAUGUCAACACAUCCUUUCUUAAAUAAGGGGCUCACAAUAAUUCAAGUAGAGUCUGAACAAUGCCUUAUAAAGCAACAGAAUUACACCCUUGCUUUUAUAUUCUACUCCUCUCGAAAUGAAUGCUGACAUUGCUUUUGCUUUCUUUAUUACCAACUUAACCAACAAGUUAGCCUAUAGGAAAUCCUGCACUAGGACUCCCAAGUUCCUUUCCAUCUCCAAUUCCUGAAUUUGCUUCCCGUGUAGAAAAUAGUCUAUGCCUUUAUUCCUUCUACUGAAGUGUAUUUCAUCUGCCACUUCUUUGCCUAUUCUAAUCUGUCUAAGUCCUUCUGCAGAUGUCCUGCUUCCUCCACACUACCUGCCCCUCUACCUAUCUUUGUAUCCUCUUUAAACCUGGCCACAGUAGUUUCAAAGGUUCAUUUUUUUUCAGAUUAUACUACUAUGAAAUUGGUCAAUUUGCCGGGUAGCCAGCAAUUCCAUCAUUCAGAUCGUUAACAUAUAACGUAAAAAGUAGCAGACCCAACACCAACCCCUGUGGCUACCACCAGUCACUGGUAGCCAACCAGAAAAGGCCCUCUUUAUUCCUACUCUGUGCUUUCUGCCAGUUAGCCAAUCUCCUCUCUGUGCUAGUAUCUUUCUUGUAAUACUAUGGGCUCCUAUCUUGUUUAGCAGCCUUGUGCAGUGCUUCAUCAGUCCUUUUCAAAAUCCUGAUAAGCAACAUCCACUGCCUCCUUUGUCUGUCUUGCUCCAACAUACCCCAUAGGAGCAUAAACAAAUUUGACCUUAUGCCACAUAACGAAGACAUUGGAACAAAUGAUCAAAACCUUGAUUGAAGAAACAAAUUUUGUGGACAAUUAUGAAGACCAAAUACCUUGUAAUCCUAAAUAAAUCGUUUAUUUUCCCCAGAGAAUGUAAACUGUUUAGAACUGACUCUCACUAAAGGAGAAGAGGUACUCUUCAAGUGUCUAACGUCUCAGUACCUGUAAUUAAAUGAUAUCUAUAAAUUAGCAUAAACAUGGUAUUUUUGUUCCUCUGCUGCCUUUUGCUGCAUUCAGAAGGACUGUGCAUAUAUCAUAACAAAAAGAGUUGGAGAGGUCUGCUUAUUGAUCUUUUUCAGGAAAAGCAAAUGGUGUAAGAUUAAAUUUAUAAAAUGCAGGAAGAACUCAGCAGGUCAGGCUGCAUUUGUGGUAAGAAGGUUUUGAGCUGAGACAUCAGGAAAUGCCCCUCCAUCAUUUUGUGUGUGUCACUCUGAAUUUCUAGCAUCUGCAGAAUCUCUUGUGUUUAAGAUUAAAUUUAGCAAGUUUUACACAAGCUAUUUUGAAGUGCUCUUCCUGACAAUGUAUGUUGGUCCAUGCACUCUAAAAAGGAAAUUAAAGACAUAUUUUCAGCUACUUUAUAAAAUGAAAAUCAGGCAGAAUAUACAAACGGUACACCAGAUUGUUGUUGCUUGCUUAAAGCCUGUGUUCAUAUUGAAUUAUUUUGCAAGUGUUUUAAUUAGGGUGCUGUAGGGAAGAUCAAAGCAAGAACAUGCAUUGGCACAAAUAGAAAGUUAGCAAAUGCCAUUCUCUAAAGUUCAAUAUUUGAGUGCUUAUUUUCUUUUCCUUUCCAGUUAGUUAUAUAAAGUUAAUACCGUUGGACAGCUGACAAGUGGAACAUUCCAUCCCUGCCUGUCCUCAAUCGGGCCUCCCUUCAGAUUCAGAUUUGUUGACAAUGAAUCUAUUUUCCUUUCAGAAAUACGUUGCUGAGUGAGAGAAUUUGUUCUGGUAAAAGAAGGUUAGCACGCCUGUGAAGUGGGAUUGACCACAGUCUUGAGUUAAAAGCAGAUAUGAAAGCACUAUGGCAAUUUUCAGCAUUUGUGCUUUCUUAUGUUCAAAGAUAAAGGUGAGAUGAAUUGUUGCUUUGUAUGCAGUAGUGCAGUGGUCAUCAUUUGUAAUGUGGCAAAACUUGUAAAUGCUUUAUUUUAUGAUAUAAUAAAUAUUUUGCACUCUUCAAGCUGUUUUUAUUAAUGCACUCUGGUAUAUUGCCAGUAGGUUUUGGUGAAAUAGCUUCCAUACCUUAACAAGACCUUGUAAAAUACAUUAUCCAGUUAAUGUAGCAGGACGUGUGGAUGUACACUCUGUGUUUCAUUGGGUGACAGCCUUGGCUUUGCACCAGGACUUUUGUUCUUUAGUUCAAGACCCUCUCCAGAGAUUUGAAGACAUGUUCCCGCUAAGUGUAGUUAUAUGGAAAUGUAGCCCUUACAGAAGAAGAAUCAUUUCACAUGACAGAAGACAAAGUUCAGAAAUAAACAGUGUAAAACAAAGCUCUAAAAUCAGGAAUUACCAAGGGAAAGUUCUAUAGUUUCACUAGGAAGAUGAGCACUUCUCCUUUUGAUAAUAUCAUCACCACAUUUUCAAAGAGACUGGUUGCAUCUGACAAGCUGUUGUUUAUGGCUGAAUCCCCAGAAGACUGCCUAUGGAAGAACAUGAUUGUAAAAGUUCUUCCUUUGAUUUUUCAUCUCAGAAAUAUAUUUGACAGCUUGGCCCAGCAUCAUACCUGUAAUAAUACAAGUUUUCUGAAUAAAAUGCUUCAACCAGGCCUGCCUUCAGAUUCAGAUUUGUUGAAAAUGAGCCCAUUGCCCCCUCUGUAAU